AUGGUUGCAGCGGAGGCAGUACAGGAACUACCCCCAGAUGAAGAAGAACUGGCCUUGGCUAAGCUAGUGUUUGGCGACACAGCAGACUUCCAUGAAGCGCUGCGAAAUGCAGACCUUAAUUAUGUUUCUUCAGAUGAAGACGUAUAUGGCCAGGAGUCGUCCAGUGAUGACGAAGAGGGGACUGAAAUUGGUCACCUGAAUGAUGACCAAUUGUUUUUUGUGGACGAGGGUGCAGAUACCGAGGGAGGAGCAGAUGGAGAACCGGAGGCCAUGGAGGUGGACCAGGUUAGCGAGGAAAGCGACUCCGGAGAGGAAAGCGGUAGCAGCGCUGCAUGGUCAGAUUCGGAUGACGAACACUUAAACGUUACAAUAGGGCAAACCAAUAUGUCUAAGAAGCUGCGGACGACGUAUGCGGAGAAAGAGCUCAGCAGUAGGCAAUAUGUGCAGCGCCUAAGACAGCAAUUUGAGAAAAUUUACCCCAGACCGCUGUGGGUUGAUGAACAUGAGUCGGAGAGCGGGUACGAAAGCAGCGCUAAUGAGGAUAGCGAGCAGCUUGUAGACGGUGACGUGAGUGCACUCGCAAAGAUUCUGCACAACACCUACAGUUACAAGGCCCAAAGCAGUAGUCUCCUUUCGCCGAAGACGCUCGACAUUGUUCGGCUGAAGGAUGCCAACGUGUCUCACCCUUCGCGCUCUGCUAUCCAGUCGCUUUCUUUUCACCCAUUGAAACCACUGUUGCUGACUGGUGGGUAUGACCGUACACUGAGGAUUUAUCACAUAGAUGGUAAGCACAAUCACAUGGUUUCCUCAGUAUACCUUAAGGGGACCCCCGUUCAAACCUGUAAAUUCUAUGUGAGCCCCUCCCAUAGCGAACAAAUGGUCCUCACGGGUGGUAGGAGAAGAUACAUGCAUACAUGGGACCUCAUGAACACAACUGCCCAUGUCGCUAAUAUCAGCAAGAUAUCCAGAAUGUAUGGUCACGAGGAAACGCAACGUUCUUUUGAGAAGUUCAAGCUUGCGCAUUUGCACACCCAGCAGGGAGUGCAUGGGAUUAUACUUCUACAAGGUAACAAUGGAUGGGUGAAUAUUUUGCAUGCUGUGUCGGGUAUUUGGUUGAUGGGCUGCAAAAUUGAGGGUGUCCUGGUAGACUUUUGUGUUGACUAUCAAGCGCAGUCGCAGGGUAAAUUCCGCACCAUUCUAAUUGCUACCAACACCUAUGGACAGGUGUGGGAGUUCGACCUCACGGACGGAGGCUCUGUCAUGAAAAAGUGGAACGACGACGGCGGUGUGGCGAUCACCACCAUCCAAGUUGGUGGUGGGACGAGUACCUCUCAUAUCUUGUCUUCUGACAAGGUAAGGCAAAAUAGGUGGCUCGCGUUGGGCAGCGAGUCAGGCUUCGUGAACGUAUACGAUAGGCAAUCGUCGUCUGCGAAGCCUGUCGCCACGUUAUCUCAGUUGACGACCACUAUCUCCUCCUUAGAAUUUUCUCCAGAUGGGCAGGUAUUGUGCAUUGCCUCCAGAGCUGCAAAGGACGCGCUGCGGCUUGUCCAUCUACCUACAUGUUCUGUCUUCUCGAACUGGCCCACGAGCGGCACACCAUUGGGGAAGGUGACCAGUGUCGCCUUUUCCACCCAUGGUGAGAUGCUGGCCGUGGGCAAUGAACAGGGCAAAGUGAGAUUAUGGAGGCUGAAUCAUUAUCAAUGA